AAGUGUGUCAGCGCUGUGUGGGCCGUGUUGACGUCUUUAGUCCGAAUAUAACCUAGCAUAUCUUAGCUUAGCUUAAUUUAGCUAACGAUACAGAGUUAAAAAUAGCAUAUUUUAUAUCAUUUAUGUCGUUUAACGUGAAUCACGGCGGAGGGCGACGGAGUAAAUGGGACCAGCCAGGUCCAGGGCCAGGGGUCGAGGGGGAUGCAGCUCCCACAGGUGCACUGGAUGCCGCUGCUGCUGUGGCUGCCAAAAUCAACGCAAUGCUGGUGGCCAAGGGCAAGCUGAAGCCCUCACAGAUUGGUACUCCUGGGACAGUUGAUAAGACAACAGGUUCUGGUGGGAAGUCCAUGCCUGUAGCAAAAGCAAAGGAUGAUCUAGUGGUAGCAGAGGUAGAAAUAAAUGAUGUACCACUCACCUGUCGGAACCUUCUCACCCGUGGACAGACUCAGGAUGAGAUCAGCAGAGUCAGUGGUGCUGCUGUAUCCACGAGGGGCCGCUACAUGACAGCAGAAGAAAAGGCCAAAGCCAUGCCCAGUGACCGCCCUCUCUAUCUACAUGUACAAGGACAAACUAGAGAACUUGUCGACAAGGCAGUAAACAGGAUAAAAGAGCUCAUCACUAAUGGCGUAGUAAAAGCUGCCACCAGCUCCAGCACUUCAUAUAACGGAGCCACUGUCACGGUCUAUCAUCCCCCUGGUCCCCCUCCUGCAACACUGCCCCCUGCAGGACACAAACCACACUUUACUGGUGGGAUGCACUAUGUACAGGAUAAGCUCUUUGUGGGUUUAGAACAUGCUAUCCAGGGUUUCUCAGUGAAGGAGCGUGUGGAAGGUCCGGGCUGCUCAUUCCUGCAGCACAUACAGGCCGAGACAGGAGCGAAAGUCUUCUUGAGGGGAAGGGGGUCAGGCUGCCUGGAACCUGCAUCUGGGAGAGAGGCCUUUGAGCCUAUGUACAUCUACAUCAGUCACCCCAAACCAGAGGGACUUGCUGCAGCCAAAACGCUGUGUGAAAAUCUUUUGCAAACAGUUCAUGCAGAAUACUCUCGAUAUUUGACUCAGAUGAGUGCAGUUAUGCCCACGCAAGGUUUCAUUCAGCCACCUGCUGUGAAUGGGAUUGCCCCUCAGGCCCCAUAUUACACCCCUGCAGGUUUCCAGCCCACCUACCCUCCCCCUGUACCCCCUCCACAACCCAUUCCUGCUCCCUACACACUGCCCCUGCCAGCAGUGGCACCAGGAACACAAACUCCAAUACCACCCCCUAGUGCUCAGUAUCCAAUUGCACCUGCUCCAGCAAACUUACCGCCACAGAACCUUCAGCCUGCCACUUUCCCACUUGUUGCCCCAGCCCUUCCUAAACCAGCAGCUUCUGCAGCCCAGACUCCAGCACCUCAGAAACGCCGUUUCACAGAAGAGGUGCCUGAUGAAACAGAAAGCGGCCUGCUGGGUUACCAGCAUGGACCCAUUCAUAUGACUAAUUUAGGUGCAGGCUUCACUUUGGGCAGCGCUGAGGCAUCAGGACCCCCACUUGCAGGUCCCUGUGGGCCUCCCCAGGAGAGGGACAGUCGGCAGCUGAUGCCACCUCCAGCACUGCCUGUGAAUACUGUAGUUAGAGCGCUGAAGACAGAGGAGAGAAGGACUUUGCCAGCCUUGCUGGAGCCACAGGUGAAGCGUAUGAAGACAGGGCUGGUCGCAUACUCUGGCGAUUCCUCUGAUGAAGAGGAAGAUCACAGUUCUCUCAAGUUAGGUGGUUCAGGUAACAUGGGUCCAGGUUCUUCUCCCCCAGGAUGGCCUGCUGGAGCAUACCGCUGCCCCACACCACCUCCACCUCGGCCCAAAACACAGACAUCACAGCCCAUGCCCUUUUGGAUGGCACCUUGAGACGAAGGUUCCCCAACCCUAUAUAUGCACACACGUAUACCCCCACAGCUUGCCAUCUCCAUGUUGGCAGAUGUGUGGUCUCUCUGCUGUGGGCUGGUGAGGUAAUGACUCAUGUAGAUCUGACAAGAUGCAUUUUUUUGCAAACUUUUGUGGUUGAAGGAGGAUGUUCUUUACAGCUGAAUCUGGUGUGUGCCUCUCUCUGAAGCCCAACACGCACACUGCCUUUUGUUUGUGCAGCCUAUUGAUGUUUGACUUUCAGCUGAGCGAAGAGAAUAAACUCAUUUAACAGGACAAGAAGUGUUUGGGAUGAUCAAAAAUGGACUUAUCUGAUCCUCAGACUGCACCUGCUUACAUGUACAGGCAACAGUUUUCGUUAAUGGAUUUGACUGUCAUGUACAAAGUUUAAGUGCUCAUCCUGUUCUAUUAAAAUAAAGUUAAUUUGUA